AUAGGAUAUGGCUAGGUACUUAUUCAACCCUGUCAGCAUCUCUAUUAAAACCAAACACUGUAAACAAAAAACAAAGAAAGAUGAUGAGCAAUGGGGAAGGAAAGUUGGUGUGUGUGACUGGUGGUUCAGGCUACAUUGCUUCAUGGAUAGUCACGUUUCUCCUUCAACGUGGUUACACUGUUAGAGCCACUGUUCGUGACCCAAGUAAUCCCCUGAAGGUUGGCCACCUGCUUAAACUUGAUGGAGCAAAAGAGAGGUUGCAACUGUUUAAGGCAGAUCUGUUGGAAGAAGGUUCCUUUGACUCUGUUAUUGAUGGCUGUGAUGGUGUCUUUCACACUGCUUCACCUGUUAGUUUUAUUGUCAAGGACCCGCAGACUGAAUUGAUUGAUCCAGCCGUGAAGGGAACUCUUAAUGUUCUUAAAUCAUGCGCAAAAUCACCAUCUGUGAAACGAGUUGUCUUAACUUCUUCUAUUGCAGCAAUACUAUCUAAUGAAAGGCCUAAAACUCCAGAAGUAGUGAUUGAUGAGACAUGGUUUUCAGAUCCAGAUUUCUGUAGAGAAUCAAAGGUUUGGUACUACCUUUCAAAGACUUUGGCUGAGGAUGCCGCCUGGAAAUUUGUAAACGAAAACAAAAUUGACAUGGUUGUUAUUAACCCGGGUAUGGUGGCGGGACCUCUCUUACAACCAGAGGUUAAUUAUAGCGUUGAGCCAAUUUUAAACCCAAUUAAUGGUGUCCCAUUUCCAAAUAGAUCUAUUGGAUGGGUUUAUGUGAAAGAUGUUGCUAAAGCACAUAUUCAAGCUUAUGAGAUUGCUUCAGCUAGUGGAAGAUAUUGUAUGGUUGAGAGAGUGGUUCAUGACUCUGAACUUGUUAAGAUUUUACGUGAUUUGUACCCAACAUUACAAAUUUCAAACAAGUGUGAGGAAGAUGGCCCGUAUAUGCCAAUACAUCAAUAUUCUCAAGAAAAAGCCCACAGUUUAGGAAUCGAGUUUACUCCUUUAGAAAUAAGCAUCAAGGAGACUGUGGAAAGCUUUAGAGAAAAGAAUAUUGUCAAUUUUUAAUCUUUGUUAUCAUCUUGAUGAAUAUUCAUGUGAUAAGAUAUGGUGACAACUUUUAUUUCCACAACAAGAAAUCAGGAGUUUUGCUACCAA